CUCAUACAGUGUGGUCCGUCCGAGUGCUGCGUGGUUGGAUGGGGCGGACGUUUUGAGUCGGCAAAGCCAACUGUCGAGUAAUUAAAUAUUCUGUACCAUAUGUGUACACGCACACCGUGUGACGGUGUAAUGCGUAACGGCGAGAAGAGUCGGAAACUUAGGCACUCUGAUGACUAGAGGAAGUAGUCCAAAUCCGCUGGACAUGUCUGCUGAGCUUUGGUGCGGUGUGUGCCACAGCACCAACUCCCCAGUGUGGAUGUCAUCCGAGCUGGUGCUCCACUCAUCUCAGUUGACUGUACAUGAGAGGCUAUGUUUGUUGGACCAUCAGCUGCAAGCACAUUGCAUUCUCUGCACCUCCUGCUACACCCUACUGGACCACUGGGAUGAGCAUGCCACUAUUGCGGCAAAGAGCCAGCAGCUGCUGAAGCAGCGUAUCAAUGGAGACCAAGCCAGCAAGGUACUUAUUUUGGAUACCACUGGAGGUGUAUUACCUGCCAGAACUCCAUCCUCUGCAUUCAUUGAUGGCAUUGGUGGCAAUUCUGCUGGAAUGGUGCCUGACCAGUCAAAGGAGUGCACUGAGAACAGGCAGCAGACACCUCCAGACACGUGCCUGGCGGAAGUGGGUGGAGCUGACCCAUCUGGGACAGAGGAGUGUGGUCCAGACUCGGACGGCGCCGAACACUGCGCACCAGACCCCGUCGGUCCGAGCGGAGGGGCCACGAAGCGAACAGCAGAAGCGAAUGUGACAGUUCCGCCAGCAGCGGGACCGGCGGAAGCGACCGUGACAGAUCCUUCCGUGACGGUCGCGAAGGCAGGUGCUUUAGCGACGGACGCGAGCGUGACAGCAGUGAGGACAGACCCGCCGGUGCCGCGUGUCAGUGCUGCAGACUCGGCAGUGACGAAAGUGGGUGCGCCGCAGAAGGCCGCGUUGGACGGGGUGGUGCGCCCGUUGCGCGGCUCGGGCGACGGCGCUCCGGCCAGCGCCGCCCGUCACGCCUGUCACGUGUGCCAGAAGCGGUUCGCGCGACGCGACUCCCUGCAGACCCACCUAGCGGCGCACGCCGGCACUAAAGCUUACGCGUGCGGCGAGUGCGGCGUGCAGUUUCAGUACCGGGACGGCCUUAUGGUGCACCGUCGCCGGCGGCACGGCCAGAGCCGGCUGCGCUGCCCGCACUGCCCGCGUGAAUUCGACAAGAGCUGCAACUACAAGCGCCACCUGCGUGUGCACACGGGCGAGCGACCGUUCCGUUGCCAGCUUUGCAGCAAGGCCUUCUCACAGAGCAACGGGCUCAAGAAGCACGUGCGCAGCCAGCAUUAGCCGGGCGGGAGACUCCUGUGGAUUGCCACUCCCCCGCCCGCUGUAGCCGGGCGGGGGAGAAGCGAUCCACAGGGCGUCUGGGGGAGGGGUGGCGUCUCCCUACGCGGUAAUGCGACGUGCCUCAGGCUGUGUUUGACGAUGUUUGUGUAAACGUGUCCAUCGGAGUUGGGAGAUUAUUUUGGAAAGUGCAUGAUACAACUCCUGAAAAGUCGCCUCCCACCUGCAAGUGAACAUCUGUAAAACCUCGGGACACAUCUGGCAGGCAUCAGCCUGUGCGUUUUGGCGAUUAAUGCGGUGGUGCUGUGUUCGUCACGCGUUGUAGUCUCCCGCGAUACUGCGCCGUUGUUGUUUGAAACUCGCUGCUGGGCAGGCCGUCCAAAGUCACGCGGCAUCUGGCCCGAUGAAGGGCCGUAUUGCGACUGCCGGGCUUAUUAGCUCAGGGCGUAGUUUCGCAAAAUAAGUUGGGGGAGGGUUGAGCAAUGAAUAAUAAUGCAUUCUGACUCAGAAUGCUUCAACAAACGGGUUUCCCUGGAUUUGGCCCACUUCCCCGUCAAAGUUUGGGGAACGGCUGGAGCACAAGUUAGGGGGAGGGCUGAAGCACUCCUUCCCCAAAUGAAUAGAAAACGCAUCCCUGUUUUACUUUCCUACAAAAUGAAAAACUCAGAUUCUGGCCACUUUGUUUUUAGAAGGCUCGUUAUUCCAGAAUUGUGUGAAAAGUGGUGAGCCUCCGAAAAAAAUGAUAUUCUUCCUCCAACGGGACAGCUAUGACCUUGCACUUGCCCCACUAGACCCCCGCCUGGCUGCUGGGUCGCAAUAAAUGCGUGCUUUUAUGCCGCGGUCGUAUGUGAGAAGUUCGUUCGGGAUCAUGUGAGUAUCCUCCAAAGAAUUGGUAUGCUCCCAGCCCCCAGCUCUCAAAUGCGGAAGGCACAAAUGUGGCGCGAUUUCCGUUUCCUAUUGACGAGAGGGGCGCGAGAAAUACGGUUUACGUCACUCAACAUAUCGCACGACUUCGACUCACACCUGGAUCCCCUCUGACAGCCUCAGCUGCUCCCGCUGUGGAAGAUAUGAACAGUUUCACUGCGAGCUUGUCACGCGCUUCUCUGUCACGCUGCAUGGACCCGUAACCCUGCUGCACGAAGGUGACUAGCUGUUUUUGUUCGCCGCUUAGCUCCCUUGCUUCAGUAUACGGCGCAGGGUUCGUCACUUAUUGUAAGCCGGUGGGAAGACUCGACGGGCCCAACUUUUAUUUGGUCUCCUUGGCGCCAGCACCUGGCUGGCCGCUACGGCCUAACAAGUAACAUCGUGGUGAGGCAUGCCGACAUUACUGACGGUAACCCAGAAACAUGCUAAUGUUUGUGUUGGCUCAUUGGCCAAAUGUUUCGCAUGUUUAACGAUGACUGGUGAGCAAUUUAGCCAUGAUAACGUUGGCCAUGUUUCUUGAAUGUAGCUUGAAUGUUACAUUAACGCACUGAACAAGGUACAGAGAUGCUGCUCGCCGCAGAGGCCCGUUGUCCAUGUGAAUGUUCAGACAAAAUGUCGCAAAGCUGGCAAUGAAAUGCCA